AUGUCGCCCAAGUCCAAGGAUAUCAAUCUCAAACCAAAGAUACUGCAGGUGCCCUUGACGGCACCUAUGAGUUCAGCAGCUACUAUGAGCCCUGCCAUGCAGUCACCUCUAACACUCAUUGACUUUGUGACUACCGUUCCGACACCACUUGCUUCAGAGUUAGUUGCCCUUGCGCCAUAUAUUCAGGCCAUAAGGCACUUCGCACAGAUUAUUAGCUGGGAGUCUUCAUGGGAGGAAAGCUGGCUCGCUCUUGCCACAUGGUGGGCGUUCUGCUUGCUCUCCGAACCGACCUUGAGGUUCUUUUUACCCCUUGCAGUCACAUUCGUUCUCGCACUGAGACGGUGGACAUCAUCCACUCACACGUCUUCGGCAAUGUCACCGCCGGUAAUAACCGACAGUUCCCUUCACGCUCUCGUAUCUGAUCUGACGACCAUUCGCACCCUGCUUCCCUCAUCACCCCUCGUCGAAUCCCCCCUCCCUCCGUCCUUUGUUGUUCUCCGAGUACUCGCAUUUAUCUAUCUGCCCUACCUUAUCCUCACAUCUUUCGUUGGUCUCCGUAUUUGCAUCGCAUUAUGCGGUACCCUGUUCAUGACUCACAGAGCGCACUGGGCCAGACAUGCUCGAGCAUCCAUCACUCGCAGCGCACAUAUCCGAUGGGCAUUUUACCGGCUAUGCGCAUUUGUCUCAGGGGUGCCCCUGCCACCACCCUCAUCGCCCUCUCCUUUAGAAGCUUCUACCAAGAUACGCCCGGCAUCUGUAUUAGCGGAUGAUGUACCCAAGCCUUCCCCCCCUCUCCGCUUCCUGUUUACAGUCUACGAGAAUCAGCGGUGGUGGAUGGGUCUUGAUUGGACAGCUGCUCUGCUUCCCAAUGAGCGCCCAUCAUGGUGUAGCUCCUCCUUAGUUCCAUUAUCCCCUCCCUCAGUUUUUCCUCUUCCCUCCUCUACAACGGCAUACGUCGCUGUCGGCAAGAACGGCCGCGCAAAACGUGUAGCGCGAUGGACGUGGGAAGAACCUGAAUGGCGCGUUAUCAUACGCAAAGAAGGCCAGGAAGGUGUCUGGCGAGUGGAGAAGACACCCCCAAGAGAUAAAGACGGACCUGAUGAAUCUACUGCAGCACGGAUGCUACGCGCCGCACGCGGCCGUGACAACCUGAACACGAGCUCCAGUGGUCCUACCGAGUCGCCCGAACAGACUGGCGAACAAUAUUCCAGCGACCCGUUCCUCGAUCCUGCGUCUGAAGAUGAAGCUAUCACAGACCCAGAGGGUUGGUUGUACGGCGACAACAAGUGGGAAGGGGCGAGCUCGAAAGGCGGAAUGGGAAAGUACACGCGCUUCCGGCGUUGGACUCGCAUUGCUGUUCUCAGUGAGACUGUCGAAGCUUGUGGGUCCAGGCGAGUUGGGUGUUUUACGCGAUUCCACGGAGUUCAGCGGAUAUGGGACUGCCACAAGCUCCAUUUUUGGCAGUCCUAG